AUGUCAGAGAUAAUAUCUCCUUUAAGAGAAUUACUAAAAAAAGAUAAAAUUUGGGUCUGGAAUGAGAGUCAUUCAGCAGUAUUAAAAAAAGUAAAACAAUUAAUUUGUAACACAUCAACUUUAACUAAUUUUGAUCCUAAUAUAAAAGUAGAAAUACAAUGUGAUGCAUCACAGGAUGCUAUUGGUUGUUGUCUACUUCAAAACAAAAAACCAGUAUGUUUCCUGUCAAGUUCCCUAACUGAUACAGAAAAAGGUUAUGCCCAAAUUGAAAAGGAAUUAUUAGCGGUGACGUUCUCUUGUCAAAAACUACAUAACUAUAUCUAUGGAAAUAAUAAUAUUAUAAUUUAUACUGAUCAUAAAGGUCUAGAUAAAAUACAAAAUAAUAGAAUCAAAUGA